AUGUCUUCCUCUGCUUUUGUGAAUAUUGGCAUUGCUGAUACAUAUAACUUUUGUAAUCCAACUGAUAGUUGUUGGCGUGGCAUAUGGAUCACCUUUUGUCGUGGUACAAAUUACGAUGUCAUUUCGAUACGAUAUGCAGAACCACAGAUUCUUUCCCAAUUAAUGAUACUAAUCAUAGUCGUACCUGAUACAAAACCGUUAGAACAUGCUGAGUUGUCUCAGAGUCUGAAGAAUCUCAUAGGCUACACUCUUGAGCUCAAACCAUCUCAAAUUCCGCAUAAGGAUGCUGGCCAAGGUUUAUUCAUAGAUGGUCAAGCUAAUGUUGGUACUGUAAUAGCAUUCUACCCCGGAAUAAUUUACUCUCCAGCUUACUACCGUUAUAUUCCUAGAUAUCCAAGAGUCGAUACACACAACCCAUACUUGAUCACGAUGUACGACAGAAACUGCCAUCAAUGGCCUUGGGGUGUUGGGGUUGAAACUUGUGAAGUGUGGGACCUCUCGAGUGUUAUUAAAUCUAGGCCAACUGUGAAAGAUGAUGCUAAUAAUAAAGGUUCUGAUCGAAUUUGGAAGAUGCUCGAUAAACCUUUGCAAGCCACAAGAGUGGCCAAUAGUGGCAAUGUGUUAGAGCGGAGAAACCCACUAGCUUUAGUCCAUUUUGCGAACCACCCUGCAAAAGAGAUGGUCCCAAAUGUAAUGGUUUGCCCUUAUGAUUUUCCAUUAACUGAGAAGGAUAUGAGAACCUACAUACCAAACAUAACAUUUGGAAGUGGAGAGGAAGCAAAGAUAAAGAGGUUUGGAAGUUUUUGCUUUAAAUCUUGGAGAUCUAGCAACGGUGAAUCAGAUGUUUUGGUUCUAAAGGCUCUUGUCCUUGUGGCCACUAGGCCACUUUGUGAUGAAGAGGUGCUCUUGAACUAUAGGUUAAUCAACUCAAAGAAACGACCAUCCUGGUAUAUUCCAGUAGAUGAGGAAGAGGAUCGGAGAAGGUGGAGCUGA